UAUAUCUAGACUGGCGAUUGCUUGGCCGGCAAGGUAACGACCAGCGCGUGCGGGCGACCCCCCGUGCUGCCGCAGAAGUUACGACGCCAGACCCUAAUUGUAGCAUCGUCCGAAGCAGUGAAGAGGAGGGCGUCGGCGCCGGAGACGAGGAUAUGAAAAUUAGGAAGAAGAAGAACGUUGGAAAAGAAUUCUGACAGCAAUGAAAAUGAAAGUUCCCCUUAAUUACGAAGCUGAAAGAUUCAAAGACAAAAGGCUGACCCGUGCCUCUAACGACCAGCGAAGAGGACGAGGCGACGAGCUCGCUCAAGAAUGCCGCCGGGCCGAGUUUCGUACCCUGCUCAAGUCUCCUUCCCCUGCCCAGUCUCAUCCCCUACUCGAGAUCGACCAGAUCUGUGAGAUCCACCAGAUCCUUCGACAAGAUCUGUGAGAUCGACCAAGGAGGCAAGGAUCUGAGGCUCGAGCUAUCCCCUUCCUCUCUAGCCUCUGGCGGUCCCUUCUCGCACAAUCCCUCUUGAGCCUCUACUCUUGUUGAUUUGGUGUUGCAUUUGUUUGAAAGGCAGAGGAGGUGGAAUCGAUUUUGAUAGUGAGAAGGUACAGGGAGGAGGGAGAGAGAAUGGGUAUGGGAAAUUGUCAAAUGGAUUGAUGGUGGUGAGGGCGUACAGGUAGAAGAAAGGAGGAGAGAGAAGGGAGGUAGAUUUUGAUAGUGAGAGGGUACAGGGAGAAGGAGGGAGAGAGAAUGGGUAUGGGAAAUUGAUUGAUGGUGGUGAUUAUUGAGGGCGUUUAGGGAGAAGGAGAAUCGAGAAGAAAGGAGGAGAGAGAGGGAGAUAACAUUAUGGGAAAUUGAUCCCAAUAUGGUAUGGGAUAGGAGGGAUUUGUGGUGAUUUUGAAUAGUGGAAUAAUUUAUUUUAGAAAAAUUAUAUUGAUAUUUUAUGAUUUUCUAUUCGCCAUCCGGUAUAUUUCGGUUUUAUUCCGGUAUUUUCCGGAACGAAAUGUUUUGGCCGAUAUGAUUUUUUCACAAAAAAAAUAUUUUAUUAUUACUAAAAUGGUAUUUAACGGUAUGAAACGGUUGAAUCACGGUCCUACCACAAAAUACCUUACCAGAAACGAAUCCGGUAUGAUGUCCGGUACGAUUUCCUGAACCAUGCUCCAUUUACCGCUUGCUCAAGGCGUCCCAGGACCGUCGUGCUGCAGCCUGCAGGCUCCAUCCCCGCUAUAUUGAUCUGAGAGCCGUGAUUAACUAACACCUGUACUACAGUUUAUGAAUUCAACACCUUAGCUAGCUAGAUUCUCUCCCAAUGUACGUACGUGCAUGCACCAUUUAAUUUAAUUUGUUUGUUGAUAUACGAAUAUAUGUAUCAUCUAUGAAAUUCUUUCUAAAUCUCCAUCCGGCUCCCUCGCCACCGAGCACUCCCAAUUCCGCUCUCCUUCAAAUCCUUUUCAUUUUUCCUCGAUCGGGAAAGUUCCAAAUCCCAGAUUCGCAACAAAUGGUGCAGCUUCAACAAAUCGUAGAGGGGAAUCGGACGGAGCUGGGGAGUGGCGGCGCGGAUCUCGUCGGGGGUAGCAAGGCGGUGCUCCAGGAUGCAGAGAAUCACGAGCGAGUGGGAGUCCGCGUUGAAAGUAUAGAAUUCAGACGAGAUGUGCGACUCUGGGCGGGAUGGGAUUAGGUGCUAACUCUUAUAGGGGUUAGCACCGUGAUAAUUAGCAAAAAACGCUACUAAAAAUAACGAAAUCACUACGGAUUAUUAUAAAAUCAAUACAACAUCUAAGCUAAAUCACUACUAAUUCAAACUAGUAGUAAUUUUUUUCUUGGUUAGGACGGUGCUAACUAUUGUACAAUUAGCACCGUAGCCGUUCCCACUCUGGGCUGAUCAACAGCGGCGGUGGCUGGCGGCGGCUUUUGUCCUGAUUUUCUAUUAAAUACUAAAGGUCAAC